UCUCUCGCGGGAAGUGAGACUAAGGUCUGGUUACCGUGGAGUUGUAGAUUACAUAAACAAAGUGAAACGCCAAUAACGUAUUUAUAAUGAUCGUGCAGAUCAGUUGUGAUGAUUUACUGUUAGCUCUUAAGGAAACGUGUGGCAGGACUUCCUGCAUAGAGAUUUAAUUGUUGCUAAUGGCCGAUUAUCCAUCCGAAACACUCUUUUCUUUGGAACUUCUUGUGGACUACGUAAGAGUUAACUCUAGUACCAGAAAUGGAAACUGUCCGACCGGGUACGCACUUAAGAUUUUGCCUGCUGUGGCUUUCCGACUAUUGGACUUUCCCACUGUACUCGUCUAUCACGUAGAGUCCGAUCCCGCUUCACCAACACAGAUGACUUUGAAAAAGAGCGCUUUCGAUGAGGGCUCUUGUAUUCCAGGAGAGUCAAUGGAUAAGGCUCAACAUUUCUGUUUUGGGAAAGGGAAAUCAUGUUUAUUUAAGAUGAGUCUGCGAUCUCUUCGAAACCAUUUGUAUUCGACGCCGUUAUAUGUGAUGGUCCUUGAUGUUUACCCAGAAAUUCCAAAGUUAGUUGGGAGCUGUCUUGUUUCUCUUGCAAGUACGAUAGAUGAUGUUUGGCACGACGUGAAGGAGAAUGGAAUGUCUGUACCGUGUGCUCACGGAAAGAAGGGAAUAUACACUCUGUGUAACCUAAUGGGUAACAGCGUGGGAUGGAUAUCAUUUGGGUAUAGACUUUCAUAUUUAGGCACAAGUUUGCUUCCUCAUUUUCCUGAAACUAAAGUAUUGCAUACGGAGUUGCAACUUAGUACUUAUGUAGCUUCAGUUAGUAAAUCAGUGACUGACCAUACUCCUACUGUGAGAGACGAAAAAGUCGGAGAUGCAAAAUCUUCAAAAGAACUUAACCAGCAAUUGUCUGAGGAUAUUAUUGCGAGGCAAGAGGGUUUAGUUAAGAAAAUGGAUGAUGUUUCGUUAUCUAAAGAAGUUAGCCAGGGAUUGUCCGAUAAUGUUCUUGCCAAACAAGAAAGUUUUGCUAAGAAAGGGGACAGUGUUUCAUUAUCUACAGAAAAUCAUAUUUGUGCUGAUUCGAAACUGGCCGUUAAUACAGAUAAGACUGUGCAAAAUAUUAUAAUGGAACUGAGCAAGGGAGAACAAGGGAGUAGCAGGGUUAGUGUGGUUGCUAAAAUGUCUGAAGACAAUGGUGUAGGUCAUGUAGCCAACAGUCUGAGCAAGGAUGAGAUUCUUGGUUCUAAUGUGUAUUGUCCACCUCCACUGUAUUACAGUCAGUCAUUUACUAAGCCAAGCAAAAGUGAUAACCAGCACUGUAGAGUUGAAUAUGUGGCAGACACUCUCCUUAGUGAAGAUCCUGAGUGUUCAAAGAAGCAUACUGUAAAAGAAAGAAGAAACAAUGACCAUACCAUGUAUAAAGCAGAAGCCAUUUCUGCUUCUUUGUCCAGUAAGAAAGAUGAACCUACACCAGUAAAUGUUGGUGUUACAUUGCAACAGCUACCAUUGCUUAAUGCCUUGCUUGUGGAACUUUCAUUACUGAAUACGCACUCUAUGCAGACUGCUGGUGUGGUUCCUUUACAGCAGUUACCCUUAUUAUACAAAGCUGUAGAGACCACAUCUGUCAAGGUUCCUGAAGUGACUAAACCAGAGGCUGUAAAAGAAGGUGGCCAAUCAGAUGCAGCAGUUCCAGGACAAAGAUCAUUCAGUCCUAAACUUAGAAAGUCUAGCCCAACAAGGAUUAUUCAAUCACAUGUACAGAAACAAUUGCAAAAGGAAAAUAAACAAGCCGUGAACUGUAAACAUAAACAAGAUCAGAUUGAAGACUCUGAGGGUGGAAGCAAAAAGAAAAAACUAUAUUACGGAAUGACAAACACACUUCGAUUACGCCUACAGCAAACAAAUCCAGAUAUGUUAAUAGUACAUGAACGCAGAGAACAGUAUAGAAAGAAACAGGCAGAAAUACUGAAAGAAAAGAAUGCUAAGUGGUCACAAAUGAAAAACAAACGUCCACAGAGAUCGCCGGCACAUCGUUUUAAACUAAGAGGAGGACAUGGAGGUGGAAGACUGUACCAUCAUAACAGCAGCAUUGAUGAAAAUGUGGAAACACUAAUACAGACUAGUAUGGAAAAGGAUGUUCUUUCUCCAUUAAACAAACAGACUUCAUUUUUUUCAAAUAACACAUUCUUCCAUGCUAAAGGAAAUUUAAGUAAAGGGGCACAUGAAACAAACUGUAAAUGGGCAACAAAAAAGAGUACAGGUUUAAGUAAUGCUGAAGGAGCAGAUCCAAAAAUUUUAGAUGGCAGAACUAAAAUUAUUUAUUACCAAAAAAAUAAGGACAGCAGUUGUGGUUUGCCAGAUAUAUCCGUACAUGGUUCUAUUCGAAGUAAAAAUGAAACAGAAAGUGGUGCAAAUAAUUUGCAGAUUAAAGAAAUAAACCCGGGUUUUCCAAAUACAUCUGUUGAAGGUGAAGAUUUCAGCAUUGGUAGUACUCAAAGAAGCAGCCUUGGAAAUAGAUACAUGGAUGAGUCUGUUAAGAGUGUAGAAUAUACUCAAUAUUCUGAAGAUUUUACAAGUCCUGAACUUACUGGAAGAUGUUCAGACAUUUGUGAUAGCCCAGAAGAUGUCUUGACAAGUCCCAAGUCUCAUAACUCUGAAUCCAUUGGAUCAGAAUCUGAUCUUUCUAAAUACUCAGCUGUAAGUAAAGAAAGUAUUAAUGCUCCUGUGCCAUUGAUAUCAGCUGCAUCUCCUGUUCAGUCACUUUCAGGCAUUUAUCCUGCUACAAGAAAAAUGCAAAAGAAUCCUGGAGUUGUGAAAGCAGCUGUCAUCAUUACUAACUCAUCCGAAGUCUCACUGAGGGGUCAGAAUGUGGAACACACUGAAGAUAAGGAUAUUAAAAUGACUGUCUUGACUGAGAAACAUAGAACUACAGAGAAUGAAUUUAGUGCAGACCUUUUUCUAAAAUUUAAAUCAAUAAAUGAUCAGACAUCUUUUGAAAAAAGUCCGUCUUUAAGAACUUCAAAAGUUAGCUCAUGUCUACCAUCCAAUGUUUCUGACCUUGAACUAAGUACCUCAGACUUGGACAGACAUGAUGAGUCUAAGAGUGACAUUUCCACUAUAGGUUUUGCUAAUAAAUAUAAACACAUUUCUGAACUUGUGGUAAAUAACUUGACUGGCUAUACACUGUAGUAGUACAUUUCUACUAUGGGUAUUUCUAAUAAAUACAAACACAUUUCUGAAUUCUUAGCAAACAUUUAGAUGAGAUAUACUUUGUAGCAAUGGUUUACAUUCAGAAACUUUUGAUACUGCAUUUGAUUUUAUAUAGAACUGGUACAAAUAAUGUUUUUGUCAGUGGUCUGAUAUUUAUCAUAUCAAUAUUUUUGCAGCAUUUCAAUACUAAAGAAGAUGGUAUAAGUUAAAUGACAUGUAAAUGAAUUUGAGAAGGGGAAAUGUCUGAAACAGAGUAAUUCUAUAGCUGUGCAGUAUUAUGAAAAGGGCAGUGAAGUUCAGUAAGCCUGUUUUACUCUGUUGGUGCAGCAUUGCUUUGCUCUGACACUUUCAGUACCCAUCUACACUUUUACAUGUAUGCAUUAUUCCUUUUUGUAUGUCUGUAUAAAAAAUUUCCUUUGUUAAAAAUGCUUCAUUUUGUUGUGGCUUACCUUCUGUGCAAGGCAAACCAUGUAGUACAGAAACUCAGGAAUGUAUGUUAUUUUAUGCUAUAAAAGGCUGAAAAUAGAGAAAUUAGAGAAAUUAAUUUUUAAUAACAACGGGGAUUAUAUUCUGAUUCAUAAAGUACUCCAGUAAUAGAUCCAUGAUGCCAGAUGCUUACUUCUUUGUUUUUCAGUAUCAUGCAUGCUCCUAUGCACGUACUCCAGUGUCAUAACCACUUUCAUUGCUUUUUAAGUACUGCUUUUCCUUUGCUAAACCUUCCUAAUGUUUUCAAACUCCCCAAUGGCCAGCCUGAGAUGCACUGGUUCCAGAACCAUCAAAGAGAAGUAUGCUAGUGGUAAAAUGAGUUCAGAGGGUUGUGAUAGACUCCACCUCUGUCUGGACUUCAUGAUAAUGUGCAGCUUUCAAGGGGUGUUAGUAAUAGUAGCUAAGAAAAUAUUUGCAUUGGUAAGCUAAGGAAGUUAAAAGUACAUCAGUAACUAUCAAAGUCUCGUUAGUAAUGCAUAUAACAGAUUUCUUCUGCAAGAAGAAAAAGGUAAAAUUCCCUUUGACUUUUAUCAUCUGCACUUUAUAACCUAUUGUGUUUAGGCACUGCCGCAGCUAAUUCUUACCUCAACAAUAUUGAAUAACCUGUACCAUAGCAUUAAGUGUGACCCUUAAUUAUGUGAGUAUUAAACUGUUGGGGCUGAUGAACUUAAAUAUGAACGUAGUGAAUUACAGUGCCUUACUGGUAUUAUUCUUUUUGUUUUCUGUUUUUGAAAAUGUAUUUAAAUUAGCUUGCAAGACACUGACAUGAAAUACAGAAUAUGCCAUACCUUGAUGAUAGGCAUGAAAGGUUACAGUAUAGCUUUUUUAAUGAAAAUAACCAAGUUUGUUGAUUUCUGUUUAACAGCUUAAUCUUGGUAUGUGAAUAUUUUUUGCAGCCUUUUUCAUAAAACAGAUACUUUUCUA